AUGCCUGCGACUGCGCGUGACUCAGCGGAAGAGGGCCGUAAUGUUCCUGACACGCAGCGGCCUCCUAAUCUAGCUAAUGGCAGGGCUGAUUUUCCGAUGUGCCAAUGCUGCACGCCAGGCAACUCCGAGCCACGAGAACAGACAGAGAACACAGCGCCACCAUCAAGUGCAAACGGUGCGGCAGACGGAUCGAAUGGAGAUAAGCCGGACGAAAAGAAGGGUGCAGGUGUGCCGUGGAAGACAUUGGCUGCAAUAGGUGGUGGUGCUUUGGUUGGUGCCGCUGCUACUCCAGUUUUGUUGACGGCUGCUGGCUUUACAUCAGCAGGCAUUGCUGCCAGUUCUGUUGCCAGUUCAUUGAUGUCGGUGAGUGCAGUUGCCAAUGGUGGAGGGGUGGCAGCAGGUAGUCUUGUUGCUACGCUUCAAUCUGCAGGUGCUGGUGGAGCUGCAUUCGCUAGUGUACAGGCCGGUACUGGUGUGGUCGGCGGAGCAGUUGCUGGAGCGUCAGCUUGGGUCUUUGAUCGUUUUGGUGGGAAAAACAAUGGUGGUGGUGAAAACAAUGGUGGUGGUGAAAACAAUGGUGAUGGUAAGAAUAGUGAUGGUGAUGAUGAUGCUGCUGCUGCUGCCAAUUCGUCAGCCCCACCGACGGCAGUUUCUGGCAAUGUUCUCUGCCCAAGAUGUGGCUGCUAUGUUACAUCGAGAAGCGGAGGCAAUGUAAACCGUUUACCAGUGCCCGAAACUGGAUCCGCUAGGAGUAUGAAACCUGAAAACAAGAUUGGUGGUGACAAGCAGCAGCGCAAGUAAGUGGCCGUGAAGCAGUCACGUACAUCUGGUCUGGAUGCUAGCAACCGUGUCACUGGCUGUAAAAGUAUGGUGCCACUUGACAACGUUGUGAAGAGCCCAGAGCAGAACAGUACUGCCAGGGGACACGCUGCCCCCGUAUCUGAGAUUAUGACAACUGUACCAUGCCAGAACUAGAGCAGCUUUGAUGCGUGCACGCAUUGAAAAGUGUAGAUUUUCAGUAAAUUUGUCGGUACGAGUAGCGAUGAUUUUUGUGCGAUCAAUCGUUGUAGGAAACGUCUUCUCGCUUUUCGACCUAGCUAGAACCUGCUGCUAGUGUCCCUCUUCACUCGUUCUUUCUUAUGUACUGAAAGGGGAAGGCAGCACUCGCAGAAGAUUUUCAAGAAUGCAAUGUCGACUGGGCUUUACAAGUCAAGCCUGCUGCAGAAAUUAAUGCAAUCUCACCAGCUGGAGUGGCCCAGGACUGUUGUGCAGAACAGGAGUGAUGCUUGCAUAUAAUUAUUAUGCUUGUAUUUACAUGAUUGUACUUCGAAGUAACAUUAGGUGUAUUACUGGUGUGUUCUUCUGCCUGUAUGCGUGUACAUGUGCUGGUCAGUGUGUAACUGCCAUCCAUAUCAGAUCAUAAUAUAGCUGCUAUCAGUCUCAACAGCUUAUCUGGAAAAUAGUGUUUUAGUGACUCGAUUUUGCUAAUACUGUGUUCAACAGAGUGAUA